CUGGUCUUCUGGAAGGCGAGUGGAAUUUGCCCUUUGAUAAGAGAGCACGAUUUUCUGGGUUAGAAGACUGGAAGCGUGCCAAACACCGGAGAUCCUGUUUCUUCAUCCCCAAGCUGGGGUUUCCUAAACUCUGCGAGUAGUCUGGGAACGGUGAGGAGGAAAUCCUGCCCCCAUGUAACUUACAGGUUUUUACCUAUACCUGUGAUGUGGGGAAGAGAGAGAAUGUCUACCUGACAGCUGAAAGGGUCCGCAAGGAGGUUGGUGAGGUCUCGGUCCUGGUCAAUAACGCUGGUGUGGUUUCUGGACAUCACCUUCUGGAAUGUCCUGAUGAGCUCAUUGAGAGAACCAUGAUGGUCAACUGCCACGCACACUUCUGGACCACUAAGGCCUUUCUUCCAACGAUGCUGGAGAUUAAUCAUGGCCAUAUUGUGACGGUGGCGAGCUCCCUGGGACUGUUCAGCACUGCUGGAGUUGAGGAUUACUGUGCCAGUAAGUUUGGAGUUGUGGGUUUUCAUGAAUCUCUGAGUCAUGAACUGAAGGCUGCUGAAAAGGAUGGAAUUAAAACAACUUUGGUUUGCCCUUACCUUGUAGACACGGGCAUGUUCAGAGGCUGCCGAAUCAGAAAAGAAAUCGAGCCCUUUUUGCCCCCUUUGAAGCCCGAUUACUGUGUGAAGCAGGCCAUGAAGGCCAUCCUCACUGACCAGCCCAUGAUCUGCACCCCUCGUCUCAUGUACAUCGUGACAUUCAUGAAGAGCAUCCUUCCCUUCGAAGCAGUCGUGUGCAUGUAUCGAUUUCUAGGAGCAGACAAGUGUAUGUACCCCUUUAUUGCUCAGAGAAAACAAGCCACAAACAAUAAUGAAGCAAAAAAUGGAAUCUAAAGUGCUUUUGUACGGAGUGCCGUUUCUGUCAGGAUGGUUGGUCCGUGUGCAUCAGCAGUACUGAACGUCUGGAUUCGAACCCCAUGCCGACUGUUUUUCUAAUCAACUUUUUAAAAAAUAAUAAAGUGUAAAUUAACUGACUAGUGUGCUUGAAAACUGUGAGCUUGGGUUUUUGCCAGUGGGGUCUUUUUUAGACAGGGCCCUAAACAUGAGUCCAAUAUUUAGACAACACUAUGUGACAUCAUUAUUUUUUUAAUGAACAGAGUCUAGAAAUGAUGACUACCGUGUAUUUCAUGUGCUUAGUCUUCUGGGUCCCCACAGGAUUGAUUCAUUCAUUACCGUGGAAACCCAGUCGGCACCUUGUGCAUUCAAGGACCGACGGUGUGGCCUGUUGUGUUGUGUUGUCGCUUCUUCUCAUCACGUCUGGGGUUCUGGAUUUUUUGAUGUCAGUUUGAGAUCAGUGCAGUCUGACCAUCACAGUGAAGGCCAUGGGUCUCUUUCUUAAACUUACAGACUAAAUAGUUGGUGAUUUUUAAAUUCAAUCUCUGAAGUACUAGAUUACAUGUUUAGAGACCUGGUUAAUCCAAAUGGUUAUACAUUUUCUACCUGUGAAUUUUGCUGCAUAUAGAAAGUGCCCUUUCCUCACGGAGCUGCAAACUCAUGUUUAAGGGAGGAGAGAGGACCUUGUCUACCGAACACAGCAGCUCUACAAAGAUAAUGGGAAUUUCUGCAUUAAAAAGUCCCCACAUUCGUGCCAGCUUUGAUUAGUGUGGGGGACGGAUCUUGUAUGGAGUAUUGUGAAGGGUGUAAAGAUUCCUUGAAAGGUAUAUUCACAUUGUAGAACAGCAAAUGACAUUUUUACAGUAUUUUUUUGUAAAGCAAACUAUUUUGUGCCUUGAAUUUGGUAUAUGUGUAUUAGUGAAACAUUGUAAAGUGAAUUUCUACCUCUGUAUCUGCGUGUGUACCAUCCUCUUGUAAAUUACUAUGAACAUUAUGUGAUUGCUUCUGUUUGUUUGUUUUAGGAUGUCUUGUUUAAACGGUGACCAAUGUUUAAGGCUGUUCAAAGAAGCCAACUUUACUAAUCAGGAAGUUUUCUAAAGAACUGAUUAAAUACUUACAUAACUGACUGUGUGGUUAUUAGCUGUCGACCACAUUAUAAGGAAAAGCAUUGUGAGGUUUUCCCCUGCCUAUCUUACUCUGGUUACUCAAAGAAGUGUUUGAAUGGGGUAACACUUAGGGUGGGUUUCAUGUAGUCCAAUCUCCAGUCUCACCAGCUGCCCACACUAGGUACUUCACCAAGAGCUUGUUAGAAAUGGGAAGAGAGAACAACCCCAUUGCCUGUGUUAGUGUGGGUGUCGCUGUCACCCGUUGCCUGUGUUAGUGUGGGUGCCUCUGUUCAGGGACCCCACAUUCUGGAAGGGGCCUGGCUCACUGCUGAUCUUUAUUGUGCAUUUGGACUUCUCAUUAGGUAUGACAACCAACCACGCCUUGAGGCAGUCUAACACUAAAUUUAUGAACUGCUGCUUGAUUCUCACGUAUGAAGCAGUGUUCUAACAGUGCUGGGUGGGACAGCUGUUUUCAAGUUAUCUAGGUCUUUUCCCAUUUAGGCUAGGAAAACCAUCCUGGAGAAGUCUGUUCAUUUAAUAGCCCGUUUCAUCAGCCUUAAAGCCAACAAGAAUCCUCAUUACAUUUAAUUUUGUUCUCAUGUGUUAGAGUCUAAUCUGUUUCUAUUUUCGUUUGGUUUGGCCCUUAUAAAGUGGUCCAUCUCCAAGUUCAAUAAACCUAAUUUGUUUAA